CUUAUGGAGAAGUCAGCGUGUUUAACACUUUUCACUGAAAUAAUCCUCUAAUUCAGAUUCCAGCCAGGCCUCGUUAAUCUUUUAGGACUACCUAACUUCAGAUCGAAAGCCUUGAGCUGCGGUGAGAGGACUCGUAACUUUACAGUGGGAGAUAAUGGAGAGCUCAUUGAUUCAAGACAAUCCGCUGCUCUUACCUGUAAAUAAGGAGAAAACUGUCUACGAUGGAUUCAUCACUGUGCAGGAAAGAGACUUCAGGAUGAGGAUCGUUCUUCCUCCAGAUCGCCAGCUCAAGAAGGCCAAACUGCACUGCUGCUGGCGGUUGAAGCACCUGUUGCGUGGCUACGAGCAGAUAGUCAAGCAGAGGCUGCGGCAGUCGACCCAUCUUGUCAGUUUCAUUCUGGAGCUGAAGACCGUCUUGGAAGUGGGUCUGAAGAGCCGACCGGAGUGCCGCUCCGUCCCGUCCCCGCAGUACUACUCGCAGCUCAUCGCCGAGAUGGAGACCCUCGGGUGGGACAAGCUGCUCUUCAUCGACACGGAGUUCCGGACGCUGAGGCUGAGAGCGGAGGACUCCUGCGGAAGGGAGCACGUUCUCACCGUCAAGCUCAAGUCGAAGCAUCCUGCAGAAGCUCCUGACUGCUCGGCCGACCUGCCCGUCCCGCUGGCUCUGCCCUGGACACCACAGAGCACCCUGGAGCAGCUCCACGCUCACUUCCUGCUGGUUUUGGAGUCCCUGACUCAGUUCUGGGACGUCCUGGACGAGAUCGACAGCAAGACCUGGAUCCUGGAGCCGGAGAGACCCAGCAGGUCCGACACCAUGAGGCGGAUCGCCAUCGGAAACAAUGUGUCCAUCAAAGUGGAGCUGGAUCCCAGACACCCCAAGAUGCUGCCGGAGUGCUGCCUGCUGGGAGCCGAGCACGCGGUGACUCCUCUGAGGAACAAGCUCAACGCCAACAUGCACUCGUGGAACCCGGACGCCAGCGUCCUGCUCAACCUCCGGGACGUCCUGGAGAUCCAGUUCCCGUCGCCCGCCACCCACGACAAGUCGAGUUUCAACGUGGAGUGUGGGAUCUGUUACUCGUACCGUCUGGAAGCUGCCGUCCCCGAUCAGGUGUGUAACGACCCUCGAUGUGGACAACCCUUCCACCAGGCCUGUCUCUACGAGUGGCUGCGUGCGCUCCCCUCCAGCAGGCAGAGCUUCAGCAUUGUUUUCGGAGAGUGUCCUUACUGCGGCAAGCCCAUCACCGUGAAAAUGGCGGCGCACGCGCCGUGAAGAACUUCUGCCUGCUCACAGGAGUCUGAACGGGCUGGGCGAAGCUCCGAGGACGGCGACCAGCAGGAAGAGGACGACCACGGGGACGAGCCAGGACGCCGGGC